GUCAACUAUUUGUCAUGUCUAAAAUCUAAGUAAAUUGCAGUAUACGGAAUAAUUUUUUUCUUCUACUAAUAAAAUGAAUAAUAUUAUGAUUUUAUCACUUUCAUAACAAAGAACAUCAAAAUAUCAAAUAUGUGUACUCUUACUUUACAGAUUUUAACAUUGUUGGUAAACAUAAUAAUAUAUGGUCAUGGGUUUUAUGUCCCUGGUGUCGCACCAGUGGAGUUUAAGAAAGGUCAAAGGAUCGAAGUUAAAGCAGUUAAAAUGACAAGUAUCCAUACACAGCUACCAUAUGAGUAUUAUUCUUUACCUCUCUGUAUACCAAAAAAUGGAACAUUCGUAUACAAAUCCGAAAAUUUAGGUGAAGUUCUACGAGGAGAUCGAAUCGUGAACACACCUUACGAGGUACACAUGGCUGAAAAUAUUAAAUGUAGACUUUUAUGUCACAAACAAAAUGAUCCAAUCAAUUGGAGCGUUGAAGAGUCUGAAAAAGUUGCAAGCCGCAUUGAACAUGAGUACUUUGUGCAUUUAUUGAUUGACAAUUUACCUGUGGCGACAAAAAUCAUUAAUGUUGAUACUUCUGAACGAACAAUAGAACAAGGUUAUCGCCUUGGAUUUAUGUCUAAAGGAAAAACAUACAUUAAUAAUCACCUGAAGUUACUUCUCAAGUACCACAAACAUAGCCAGGAUUCAUAUAGAGUUGUAGGUUUUGAAGUAGAAACAUUUUCGGUUGAUAAAGAUCAUAUGACUUUUGUUGAUGACUCAUGUCAAUUUUCGUCAGAAGCCAAGCCUCAGCUUGUUAAUGAGGAUACCGGGACAAAAUUAUACUUUACAUAUUCAGUGGAGUGGGGAGAAUCUGAAAUUGAGUGGGCUUCUAGAUGGGACAUAUAUCUUGGCAUGAAAGAUGUGCAAAUACACUGGUUUUCUAUUGUUAAUUCAAUUGUUGUUCUCUUCUUUUUGUCAGGUAUUUUAACAAUGAUAAUAGUCCGUACAUUGAGAAGGGAUAUUGCAAGAUAUAAUUCUGAUGAAAAAAUUGAAGACAUGAUUGAAGAGACAGGCUGGAAAUUAGUACAUGGUGAUGUGUUCAGACCACCUCCCAAGAGGAUGUUAUUUGCUGCUGUUAUUGGAAGUGGUAUUCAAAUAUUUCUAAUGUCCCUCAUAACAAUAUUUAUAGCAAUGCUGGGUAUGUUGUCACCAGCUAGCCGUGGAGCCUUAAUGACUGCAGCAAUAUUCCUCUAUGUGUUUAUGGGUCUUAUAGCUGGUUACUAUUCAGCUCGGUUGUAUAACACAAUGAAAGGAAAGCAAUGGAAACAAGCUGCAUUCUUGACUGCUACACUAUAUCCUGCAAUUGUAUUUGGAUCAUGUUUCUUUUUAAAUUUCUUCAUCAUGGGUAAACAUUCUAGUGGAGCCGUACCUUUCUCAACAAUGAUGGCACUUUUGUGUCUUUGGUUCUGUAUAUCUCUGCCUCUAGUUUACUUGGGUUAUUAUUUUGGAUGUAGGAAACAACCAUUCCAACACCCAGUUCGAACAAACUUUAUCCCAAGAAAAGUACCAGAACAAGUUUGGUAUAUGAAUACUUUGGUUUGCAUUUUGAUGGCUGGUAUACUUCCAUUUGGAGCUGUAUUUAUAGAGCUGUUCUUCAUUUUUAAUGCUUUGUGGGAAAAUCAAUUUUAUUAUUUGUUUGGAUUUCUAUUUUUGGUAUUCUGCAUACUUGUUAUUUCUGUAUCACAGAUUUCUAUAGUAAUGGUUUAUUUCCAACUAUGUGGUGAGGAUUAUCAUUGGUGGUGGAAGAGUUUUGUUAUUUCGGGAGGAUCUUCCGUAUAUAUACUGAUUUAUUCUAUAUUUUAUUUCUUUACAAAACUGGAAAUAACAGAAUUUAUACCAAUACUACUUUACAUUGGUUACACAGGACUUAUGGUGUUGACAUUUUGGAUCUUAACUGGAACAAUUGGAUUCUUUGCAGCAUAUACAUUUAUACGAAAAAUAUAUGCUGCGGUGAAAAUUGACUAAUUAAGGACUUGAAAUUGGAUCUAUUUAUUUCUAAGCAUUAAUUUAAAUAUUGAUUAUGUGCGUGUAA